UCUGUGGAGGGGCAUCCAUUUAGGACCCUGGUUAGUCCAGGAGCUGCCAAACGCUUGGAUUCCUCUUGGGACUGUGGUGACUCGUGGAUAGCAGGCGUGCUCUGCUGAUUCAUUUUCAUCACUGUGAACAUGGUGAUCAAAGUCUUUGUAGCCACAUCUUCGGGGUCUACAGCGAUCAAAAAGAAACAGCAAGAAGUAGUGGGCUUUUUAGAGGCCAACAAGAUUGACUUUCAGCAAAUGGACAUAGCAGGUGAUGAAGACAACAGGAAAUGGAUGAGAGAGAAUGUCCCAGGUGAAAAAAAGCCUCAAAAUGGAAUUCCUCUCCCUCCACAAAUCUUCAAUGAGGAGCGGUAUUGUGGGGAUUUUGAAUCCUUUUUCUCUGCUAAAGAAGAAAAUAUUAUUUAUUCAUUCCUGGGUCUUGCUCCUCCUCCAGGCACAAAGGAGACUGAAAAGUCUAAUGCCACAGGUGAAACCGAGGCACACACAGGAGACAAGGCAGAUGAAGGGGCUCAUGAGGAGGGUCAGUCUGCUCCGUCACCAUCAGAAGAUCAACAGGAAAGCAAGGAAGAACAUGCAGCAGCAGUGGAAGAAGAAGAAAAGCAGGAAGAGGGAGAAGAAAAAGAAGAUGUGGAGGAGCAAGAAGAGUCUUAGUACACUUCCCCAUGACACAUUCUUUCUUGAACAGGUUUUCAGGAAGCACAAGCUGGAGCAGCCCCAUCAAAGAAAAUAAAAUCGCUCUCUCAAGCAAAACCGUCACUGUGUUUCAUGCCUGUAGAAAUAUGAACAUAUAAAUACAUAACAGAACAAAGAAACCACUCUGUCCUACCUGUGGCCUUUAUAUAUAUAUUUGGUAUUCCAAUUGCUUGUUAAAAUGGGUCUUAUAUCUGACUGAUGAUAUUUCAGUUGAUUGUUAUAUGUUGGAAUAGUAUUGUCCUUGUCACAUUUUAGACUGUAAGCUCCUCAGGGCAGGAACCGUGCCUUUCUCCAUGUUUAUCUACUGCCAAACACAUUGCUGCCACACAGCAGACAACUGCACUCACACAAGUGAUGUAUUCAGAGAAAAAUUCAGCACUGAAAACCACAAAGAGGCUUCCUAUAUCCAAGCUAUGUGAGUCACUUCUCCCUCAUCUGGCUUUUGAAUAUGAUUGAGAUUUCCAUUGUACAGCAGUUUAAAUAAAUGCUUUUUCUCUCAUAUCUGUUCUU